GCUGAUGCCACUAGAAGGUGAGGAGGAGCAUGAUGUCACUAGCAGGUGUGUGGAAGAUGCUGAUGCCACUAGCAGGUGUGUAGAUGAUGCUGAUGUCACUAGCAUGUGUGUAGAUGAUGCUGAUGUCACUAGCAGGUGUGUAGAUGAUGCUGAUGUCACUAGCAUGUGUGUAGAUGAUGCUGAUGUCACUAGCAUGUGUGUAGAUGAUGCUGAUGUCACUAGCAGGUGUGUAGAUGAUGCUGAUGUCACUAGCAGGUGUGUAGAUGAUGCUGAUGUCACUAGCAGGUGUGUAGAUGAUGCUGAUGUCACUAGCAGGUGUGUAGAUGAUGCUGAUGUCACUAGCAGGUGUGUAGAUGAUGCUGAUGUCACUAGCAGGUGUGUAGAUGAUGCUGAUGUCACUAGCAUGUGUGUAGAUGAUGCUGAUGUCACUAGCAGGUGUCUUUUCCAGCUCCUUUAUUUUUCCCAUGCCUCAGCAAGAGCACUUAAUUAACAUAAAGCAAACAACAAUGCAACACAUGCAUUAUUUGGUGUUAAACAUAACACUUUAAUAAAAACAACUCAUUAAUUUGGAAAGUUACUAUC